GAAGCACUUCAAAAGGGAAACGGGCUACAAAGAUAAAGCACGCUGUGACGUAGACUUGGGCAAUCGAAAGUGUAGUGCUGUUCUUAAUUGUGCUGGAGGUUCAACAAAGGGUUUGAUAGAACAUCUAAAGCGUGUUCAUCAGAUACUUGAUCCAUUGAAAUCUGGACCGAGAACUAGCAACCAAGCUCAACCAAGCACAAGCAGCACUGGCAAUCUUCCAGUAAAGAGGCAAAAGCUGAUGACAGAUUUUACUAGAGCAUCGUUUGAGAAAACCAUUUCUAAAGAAGUUGCUUUAAAUGGAUUGAACUUUGAACAGAUCGUUAACUCAGAUAUAAUAGCAGAGCAUGUGAAAGAGAAGUUUCCAACGAAAAACUUCCCAAAGAAUGGAUCUGGUGUUGCAAAGAUUGUUCGAGGUUUUCAUGAAGACAUCAAGGCUUAAAUAAAAUCGUGGAUUCAAACUCAUCUAGCUGAAGGACAUUUCUUUUCAACAACCCUGAUAAAUGGACUUCUACUGCAAGGCGACGUUUCUUGAACAUUAAACUUCAUUAUUUUGAAAAUGGUGUUGAUAAAGAAAUCAAUUUGGGCAUGGUUCCAAUUUAUGGAAGUGCAACUGCUCUUAACAUCAAAAAACUAUUCGAAGCAAGAUUGAUGGAAUUUGGUUUGGAUCCAGAGAAACACAUUGUUGGCACUUCUGGUGAUAGUGCGAGCGCUAUGGUAUCAUUUGGUUCUAUGAUCGCAUCAGAAUACGUCCAGUGCAGCGAUCAUGGAAUUCAUCUGGGUGUUACUAAAGUUCUUUAUCUAAAGAAACAGUCAGCAGAUACUCCAGUGAAUGACGACGACGAUGAUGUCUUUUUCGUUGAGUGUGGAAAUGAAGAUGAACCUGAUGAAGAUGUACAUGAUGCCGGUGAGGACACAGAAUCAGACGAUGAAGAGGAGGCCGAUUCACUUCAAAUGGUUUUCGCUUAUCAAUCAAAGAUCACCAAAUUGAGAAAAACUGUGAGCCUUUUCCAUCGAUCAUCGGUCAAAAAUGAAACUCUUCAAAAGUUCGUUAAGAGGAUGAACAACGGGAGAGAACUUAAGCUGAAGUUAGAUUCAAAGACUCGUUGGGGAAGCCUUCACGAUGCUUGCGAAAGGUUCUUGAAGUUACUUGGACCUGUGAAGGAAGCUCUGAACCACAGGGAGAUUGACAAAACCUACUUAUGGGCAGAUAUUGACUCAAAAAGAUUGGAGGAGCUGGUAGAAGUUCUGAGUCCAGCGAAGUUGGCAAUUCAAUUCUUGUCAAAGAAAUCAGUAAAUCUCAUCGAUUGCAACACAACUAUCAAGUUUCUCUUGGACAAUCUAGAAAUGCAUGAUCAUCAGCUCUCACAGGACAUCUUCUUGGCUAUCAAAGAGAAAAUCAACAAACGCAGACAUGACGUUUUUUAAUCACUCAUCCUUUACUUGCACGACAUCAACAGCAUUAAUGGGCCGAAUCACUUUGCUACAUCGACUGUUGCAGCUAUGAGCAAACUUGCUGUGAAAUUGAUGGAA